GAAAAUAUGUGUUUCAUCCACGUUGACAAUUCCUCGCCGAAAAUAUGGCAGCUUACAUAAAACUUUUAGUGUUUGUUGUUAUUCAUAUGUUUUUGCUGGUUUCUGCAGAUGUUAGAAAAAAAGAAGAAUCUCUUGGAGAUAAGGUUCAACAGCUGAUGGAAUGGAACAACAAAAAGUCCAUCAUACGGUUGAACGGUGACAAGUUUCGGCAGUAUGUGAAAGCAAGCCCACGUAACUACUCGGUCAUAGUUAUGUUAACAGCAUUACAGCCGCAGCGUUCCUGUGUUGUAUGCAAACAUGCUAACGAUGAGUUUCAAAUCCUUGCCAACUCCUGGAGAUACUCCCAACAGUAUUCCAACCGUUUAUUCUUUGCUUUAGUUGACUAUGAUGAAGGCUCCGAUGUCUUUCAAAGUAUGAAGCUGACGACUGCUCCUGUAUUUAUGCACUUCCCCCCCAAAGGCAAGCAGAAGAAAGCUGAUACUCAUGAUAUUAACAGGAAUGGUUAUGCAGCAGAGAUGUUGGCAAAAUGGGUAGGAGAGAGAACUGAUAUACAGAUUCGUGUCUUUCGUCCACCUAAUUAUUCUGGCACUGUCAUUCUGGCCUUACUGUUUGCAAUGAUCGGAGGUUUACUUUAUUUCAAACGAAACAAUCUUGAAUUUUUAUACAACAAGACCUCUUGGGGAAUAAUAUCUCUAGCUAUUAUAUUUGCUAUGACCUCUGGUCAGAUGUGGAAUCACAUUAGAGGCCCCCCAGUUAUGCACAGGAACCCAAACACCGGUCAAAUGCAUUACAUUCAUGGCAGCAGUCAAGGUCAGUUUAUCAUGGAGACCUAUAUUGUUAUGUUGCUCAAUACUGCAGUGGUUGUGGGCUUUAUCAUGCUAAAUGAAGCUCAGACAAUGAAAGGUGACCCUGGUAAAAAGAGAAUUUUGUCUCUGGUGGGGCUGGGCUGUGUGACCAUCUUUUUUAGCUUACUGCUGAGUGUCUUUAGAUCCAAGUAUCAAGGCUACCCAUAUAGUUUCUUGUUCAAGUAGAUGUGGAUGUGUUGAUGCAGUGUGUCUGCCAAGUCAAAAGAAACUUAACACUUGUUCAUGUCUAUUACUUAUCUCACUCUGUUUCUGUUUUGCUUAAAGAUAUUUAGAUACUAAAUAGUUGAAACCAAUGUAACUAGAUAGGUGACUGUGGCUCUAUGGUUGUAGUGCAGUCACCUGGAUGCAAUGUGCAUAUAGAUUGUAAUUGUGUGGGUGAUGAGUGUGUUGUACAGUAGAGGGGAGAGUGGGCUCUGGCUGUUUCAUUCGAGUGACUGUUCAGGUGUGAUGUUGAUGUUUUUAAGUCUCCCAGUUUUCUGCUGGACUGUUUAGGUAUGAUGCUCACAUCUUUUCUGUCAUGGUUGAUUUUGUACUGUGUUACCAAAUGAAGCCGACAUCAAAGUAUUCAAUGUCUUUGUGUGUCUGACUCUUUGCUGAUUGCUCUGACUUCAUUUUUGGCUUUUAUUUUUUUCUUUUUAAUCACAACUGAAUACAUUUGUUUUUGUUUUAUUUUGAUGUGGUACAGGUCUUGGGUUUUCUGGGGUUUUCUAUUGAUUUGAUAGCUGCCAUAAUGCAGGAAGGACACAUAUAGAUACUAUUGUUAGUCAUAUUGUGUACAAAUUAUGAUUGUAUGCUGGUCACUUGUAAAAAGUACAGUUACUAACAACUUGCAUAUAUUAUCUUUCUGCUUUUAACCUUAACAUGGCUAGUCAAAGGGAGCUAAUAUGCUUUUGAGGUGAGCAACCCUAAAACUUGUGGCUAUCCUGUUGCCCUGUAUCUCUGCUGGUGUAUGCUCUUAGGGGCGGGCUGAUUGGUUGGCACACUUACUAGGUGACCAAACCACUUCACUCUUCAGUAGGGCCUUAAUAGUACGAGAAGAAUCCUGAAUUCACUGUUUUGUUAUGUGAUGUUGUCCAAACCUUUUCCUGCUGUUCUUCUUAAAAACUCUAAUGGAAAUGUUUUGAAAUAUCAAAAUAUUUACGUGUAUUUAUUAACUUCAGAAACAGAAGACUAAAAUAUAUGGCUAAAAACAGUGGAUUGAUUUGGUUAAUGUAAAACACUACUUUUUUUUUUUGCUUAACUUAUAAAUGAACAAUUUUUUAUUGCUUUGAAAGUGUGGGAUAUUUUUUUUUAUAUAUCUGUCAAACUUCACCAUAUGGAAUAGGACUGCAGCAAAAUCUCAGUUGUUCUAUAGUAGCUUCUUUAAUCUUGGCAGAGUUCUUUUAUAUAGUCGUACAUUUUUUUAAAUGGUUCAGUCUCUCCUAUGCUCCAUAUAGUGAAGUUUGACUUUUUUUUUUUUUUUAGAUGAAUAUGUUUAAGUACGGAAUUAUAAUUAUAUUCAGUUCUUCAAUUAAAAAAAAAAGAACAGGAUUAAUUAUAUAUUUAGACAACUUGAUUACUUUGACUAUUAUUGUCAUUGUUUUUAGGGAAAAUUCUAUAUUAUAAAAUAAAAAUAGAAUUGUCUUGUUUAUUCAACAUUUGCUUGUAUGUUUUAAAAAAAUCAUGUUAAAUUAUUUUACUUUCGGUUCAUUAAAUUGAGUUGAAAACUUUCA